CGGGAAACCGAAGCGGCCCACGUGGGCCCGGCCGCCCCGCCCCGCGCAAUGACGCCGCCGGCCCCGCAGUCCGCGCCCGGAGCUGGGAGCGCAGCCGGGAGCCCCGCACCCCGCGCCGGGCCCGCGUGGACGCCCAGGCCGAGCUCCCGCCGCGGGGCCCGUGGAGCCAGAGCUGGCCGUAGGGGCGGCGCCUCCAGGCCGCCAGAUGUUUGCCAUCCAGCCAGAGGUAGCUGAGGGGAGCCAGUUCCUGGGGGGGCCGCCUCCUGGAGCAUGCCAACCUGAGUUUCAUCCAGACAGCAACUCCAACUUCAUGGCGACUGCCAAGGACGCCAAUGAGAAUUGGCAUGGGAUGCCAGACCAAGUGGAGCCCAACCUGAUGAGGAGCUCCUCUGACUUGCCCUCUGACAACCAGGCCUUCCAGGACCCUGGACUGCCCGAGGGGGAGCUCCGCAGCCCCCCAGAGGGAGCAGAGAUCCCCAGAGCUGAGCCUGAGAAGAUGAGCAGUGCCGGCACCAUCUGCUCCCCUCUGGAAGACAACGGCUAUGCCAGCAGCUCCCUCAGCAUUGACAGCCUCAGUAGCAGCCCUGAGCCUUCCUGUGAGACCUCUCCCGGCCCUGGGCCUUCAGAUCCCCUCCUGCCCUCGGUGGCCCAGGCUGUGCAGAAGCUGCAGGCUCAAGAGCGCUACAAAGAGCAGGAGAAGGAGAAGCACCACAUGCACUUGGUGAUGUACCGCCGCCUGGCCCUGCUCCAGUGGAUCCGAGGCCUGCAGCAUCAGCUGGUUGACCAGCAGUCCCGUCUUCAGGAGAGCUUCGACACCAUCCUAGACAACCGAAAGGAGCUAAUCCGCUGUCUCCAACAUAAGGCAGCACCAUCCAGGCCCUAGGACCGGGACUAAGCAUGUGCCUCUCUGGGGUGCGAGCGUAUAUGUAUAUAUUUGCAGGCAUGCGUGUGAUUGUGCACAAGUAUGUGAUUAUUAGCUGGUAUGAGUGCAAGUAAGCAUAAGUGAGUAUGUAUGUGCUAACAUGUGCCAGGCAUCAGCUUAUGUGUGCUGUAUAUAGACACAGCCUAAAUUAUGUGCAGGCCUGUGUGUGUGUCCAUCUGUGUAUGUAUGGUAUGUAUGUAAGAGAGUAAUAACAUUUUGGUUAGUUUACUUUAUUAUAAGAAUACUUAUAAUACAUAUAACCUACAAAAUAUGUGUUAAUUGACUAUUUAUGUUAUUCAUAAGGCUUCCGGUCAGCAGCAGACUAUUAGUUAAGUUUUUGGAGAAUCAAAAGUUCUACAUGGAUUUUCGACUGUUUCAAGGAUUGACACCCCUAAAACCUUCGUUGCUCCUGGGUCAACUGUACAUACAAAAAAAGUGUGUGCCUGUGAAUAGGUUUGAAUGUUGAGGCUUGUGGUGGGUGUAUAUGAGUGAGCUCUUGUCUGUGUAGGCCCAUGUAUGCUGUAGGGGUGCAUGUGUGCUGGUGAAGCCUGGGAAGUGCCUAUUAAGAAUAUGUAUUUGCAGGCAGACUCCUGAGCAAGGGUGGGGUGUGCAAAUAUAUAUUCAGUUGCAUAUGUGGGGCAAUCCACACCCUAUGUUACCCAUGACCACAGGGCCCCACUGCUCCCUGGAAAGAGGGUCUUUUGGGGUUUCCCAGGCCACCCCUCCUUCUUCCUAGAUUUUGCUCUGGUAAGGCUGUUGUCCCUGACCAUGGAUUUGCUGUAGAUAGUAGCCGCCAUAACCUGUCAAGGCUUUUGGCUGCAAUUUUGCCAGAGCAAUUGGUAGAGCAUUUGUAUCAGGCUGGGGAGCUGGGGGUGGUGAUUGACACCGUGGCAGGGAUGGGGGUGGGAUCAGAGAAGAAGAUAGGGACUGUCUCUCUUGAACUCUGCCUCUCAGCACGUGGGAGAUGGGAUGUGGAGAUGAUAAUGGAAAAUAGGAGUUUGGGAAUUCUCAAAUACCAGUUCCAAACAAAUCACAAACCAGUCCCUCUCCCCUGCAAAGGAGCUGUUACAGACCAUAUUGAUUUAAGCUUCUGAUGAAAAGAAACGUGUGCUAAUAAGCUUGCAAAGAAUGGACAAGGUGUUCCCCGGCUGUUGGGUAAACUCUCACUUCCGUCUCUGUGCCUCUACUUGCUGUGCCUCUCUGGAUUUAGCAGCGCUGGGUGUUGAAUUAGUUUGGUUCUUUUCCCUGAAAACAGAAUGUCUGUGCCAGGAGGAGCCAAUUCUUUCAAGAGGGAACAGGGGACAGGGUCAGCCCUACCUCUGUAAACUCUUAGAAUAUUGAAUCAUCCCCCUUUUCAUCACUGAAAUGCUCUCUAAGUGGGAGUUGACGGGCUCCAGCGGAAGCUCUGUGAGGUGGAGAGCUGGUGAGUUCUGGAGAGAGCCAAAGACUAAGGCAGCCAGGCUCUCUGUUUUGCUUCUGGGAGCCAAGAGGUUGCAAGAUCCUAGUGGGUGAGCAGUGGCAUGGAGGUCAUUGAUACUAGUAGUCUGGCUCUCAGUCUUCCUAUCUGUAAAAUGGGGGGGGGGGGCUCUUUCUAUAUCUGAGUGGGGGGGGGGGAGCAAUGGGGAGUGAGGCUGAGACAGUGACCCUGGGGACUUGUGUCUGACUUUUGCAUGUUGAGUCUGAACCAAGAUGAAUAAACUGGAGCAGAGAAAUG